GACUGUGGCUCUUCAUUUACUUCUUGAGUAUUGUAACUUAAGAUUCUAUGAAAUGCAAGACAACAAUCUUCAUAGUUUGAUGAAGGUUAUUGAGACCAUGGUCCAAACUAACAGAAGAUCUUUUGUCACUAUUACUGAGGGCUUCUCUACAGAAAUAAAAACGACACUAAAUGUGGUUCUUUGUGGGAGGAAAGGAGCAGGGAAAAGUUCUGCAGCAGAUGUCAUGUUAGGACAGAGAACAUCUGGAGAGAAGAGCUCAUCUGAGUGCAUCAAACGUCAGAGGGAGCUGCCUGGACUGUGGCUGUCCAUAGUGGAGAUGCCGUCUCUCUGUGGUAGUUCUGCUCAGACAGUGAGGGAGCAGUUCUAUAACAGUAUUUCUCUGUGUGACCCUGAUGGUGUCCACGCCUUUGUCCUGGUGUUACCUGUGAAUCCUCUCACUGAUGAAGACAAGGCUGAGUUUAAGAUGCUUCAGGAGGUUCUGGGUCCUCGUGUUGAUGCCUUCACCCUGGUUCUGUUCACUGUGGAGUCAGAUCCUUCAGCUCCAGUUUACUCUGACUUUGUGAGUCAGAACAAAGACCUGAAGGAGCUGUGCCAAAGCUGUGGUGGAAGAUAUUUCAUCUUCAACAUAAAAGACCAGAAGCAAGUCCCUCAAAUCUUAAAUGAACUACAAACUUCAACAAAGGACAGAAAUAUUCCUCAAAGUUACACCAGACAAAUGUUUGUGCAGACACAAAUAGAGAAGAUCUCAGUUCUACAGAGCAGCUCCUCUUCAACAGACACAAGAGCAGUCACUGGGGACACACAGUGUGCAGAGACUCUGAGGAUUGUGCUGAUUGGAAAGACGGGCAGUGGAAAGAGCAGUUCUGGAAACACCAUCCUGGGACGAGAAGAGUUCAAAUAUGACUUGAGCCAAACAUCUGUGACCAAACUGUGUCAUAAGGCACAUGGGGAGGUGGACGGUCGUCGUGUGGAGGUGGUGGACACUCCCGGUCUGUUCGACAGCACCAUGUCUAAUCAUGAGGUGAAUGAUGAAAUGCUCAAAUGCAUCAGUCUCCUGGCACCAGGACCACACAUCUUUCUGUUGGUGCUGCAAAUCGGAAGAUUCACACUCGAAGAGAAAGAAACUCUGAAUCUGAUCAAGACAGGAUUUGGAAAAGAUGCUGAAAAGUUCACCAUAGUUCUGUUCACACGUGGGGAUGAUCUGGAAAAAUUUGGACUUUCAUUUGAAGAUUACAUAAAAAAUAAAUGUGAAGAUUCUUGUAAGAAGCUGUUAUCUGACUGUGGGAACAGGUGCCAUGUAUUUAAUAAUUGGGAAAAAAAUGCAGAAAGACAAUCAGCCCAAGUGAAGGACCUGAUAAAGAAGAUUGAUGAUGUGGUGAGAGUUAACGGUGGAGGCUGCUACACAAGUGAGAUGCUCCAGGAGGCUGAGGAGGCCAUUCAGAAAGAGACACAGAGGUUAUUACAGGAACAGGAACAAGAGCUCAGAAGAGAAAUGCAAGAAAUGGAGCAAAAACAUGAACAGGAAAUGCAAGAAAUCCAACAAAGAAUGGAAGAACAGAGGAAUGAAAUUAAAAAAGAACUUCAAGAACGAGACGAUGAACUCAAAGACCUGAAGGCAAAUAUAAAAAGGGAACGUACUCUGAGAACAGAAGAGCAGAACCAGAGAGAAGAAGAAGACCAGCAGAGGAAAGAGCAGGACAGAGCUAUAAGACAGGAGUAUGAACGGAAGAUUCAGGAGUUAGAGGUGGAAUCUAAAAAGAACUUUGAUAGAAAACUGCAAGAGAGCAAAGAUAAAAUGGAACAAGAACGAGAGGCCUGGGAGGAGGAGAGGACACAAUGGUGGGACAAUCGAUACAACCAGGAUGAAAUAAGACGACAGGAGGAGCACGCAAGACUGGAGAAACUAGAACAAGAAUACAAGGUCAAACUGGAAAUGUACAGAAUUAAGAAAGAAGAAGAAGAUCAAAACAGAAGAGAGCAAGAGGAGAAGCAGAGGAAGGAGCUACAGGAAAGACAUGAGAGACAAAUGGAGGAGUUGAAGAAAACGUACGAGGAAGAGGCUCGCAAGAAGGCCGAAGAGUUCAACGACUUUAAACGCAAGAAGGAGAUUGACUUUGCAGCUCUGAUUGAAAAACACUUGCAAGAAGUCUGUGGUCUCAAGGAAGAGAUUCAGCAGGGGCAAGAAGAAUAUAAAAGUUUACAAAAACUCUCUUCACACAAAGAAGUAAGUCUGAAAAGUGACAUGGAGGAACAGCUCAAGAAACACAAGAGCGAGAUGAUUGAUCUGGCCAUUGUUGUUUUAAAGGAGAAAAAGGAAAACAGCAACAAAAUCAGAAAACUCCAGAAAAAUCAUGAGCAAGAACUGAAAACAUGUCAGAAAGAAAUUGAUGAGAAGUUUAAACAAGAAGAGAAAGAAGAAAUUAAGAAGUUAAAAACAAAACAGCAACAAGAGAUGAAUGAUCUAGAGAAAGAUACCAAGAAAGAAGAUCUUCAACAAAGAAAAAUGGAGCUGUAUAGUAAACAUGAAGAACAACUGAGACAGUUAAAGUCUGACUUGUGGAGCCAGAAGAAACAAGAACUGGAGGAAAAAACAGAGGAACUAAAGCAAAAACAUGCACAAGAAAUGAAUACAUUUACACAGGAGCUCUUAAGAAAACAUGAAGAAGAGCAGAAUAAACAAAUCGAAGAGUUAGAGGAGAAACAUCAGCAGGAGAUGGAAGAGUUGGUGAAGAAAGCUGCAGAGAGUGCAACGGAAUUAGAGCAGCUGAAGAUAAAACACCAACAGGAAAUGAGUGACAUCAAGAAGAAGAUGUUACCUGAAGAAGGAAGUUGCUCCAUUUUAUUGUCUGAGCUGAGGGUGACUCUUCUGGGGAACUGCUGGAGACAGAGAUGUUUGGUGGAGAGUUUCUUAGUCAGAAAAGACACGUUCAACAUUAGAACAGAGUCACAAUUCUCAACAAAAGUCAGUGCUCCAGUGGGAGACAAAAAACUAACAGUCAUCAACACACCAGACCUUCUCCACCCUGACUUCACUGAAGAGGAGCUGAAAAACAAGAUACAAGAGUUUGCAGAUGCCUCAGAGCCUGGGCCCCAUGUGCUCCUGCUGGUCCUUCAACCUGAAGACUUCACCUCACAGCAGCAGCAGAGGCUCCAGAAAGUGUUAGAGAUGUUCAGUGAAAACUCAUUUGAUCAUUCAAUGGUGCUGAUCUCCACAGACAGAGAAGAAAGUGUCACGGACCAGGAGGCAACAGGCAGCAUCUUGGCAGAGGUUCAGAAAGCUGGACCAAACGUUCUCCUGCUGCUGGUGAAGCCCUCUGACUUCACUGAAAAUGACAGACAAACACUCAAGUUCAUCCUGACAAUGUUGGGUCCAGAUGCUUUUAAACACUCCAUUCUCGUCUUAACACACAUUGAGGAAAUGACUGAGACUGUUAAUGCACUUCUUCAGGAUUGGCUUCUCUACAGAAAUAAAACGACACUAAAUGUGGUUCUUUGUGGGAGGAAAGGAGCAGGGAAAAGUUCUGCAGCAGAUGUCAUGUUAGGACAGAGAACAUCUGGAGAGAAGAGCUCAUCUGAGAGCAUCAAACGUCAGAGGGAGCUGCCUGGACUGUGUCUGUCCAUAGUGGAGAUGCCGUCUCUCUGUGGUAGUUCUGCUCAGACAGUGAGGGAGCAGUUCUAUAACAGUAUUUGUCUGUGUGACCCUGAUGGUGUCCACGCCUUUGUCCUGGUGUUACCUGUGAAUCCUCUCACUGAUGAAGACAAGGCUGAGUUUAAGAUACUUCAGGAGGUUCUGGGUCCUCGUGUUGAUGCCUUCACCCUGGUUCUGUUCACUGUGGAGUCAGAUCCUUCAGCUCCAGUUUACUCUGACUUUGUGAGUCAGAACAAAGACCUGAAGGAGCUGUGCCAAAACUGUGGUGGAAGAUAUUUCAUCUUCAACAUAAAAGACCAGAAGCAAGUCCCUCAAAUCUUAAAAGAACUACAAACUUCAACAAAGGACAGAAAUGUUCCUCAAAGUUACACCAGACAAAUGUUUGUGCAGACACAAAUAGAGAAGAUCUCAGCUCUACAGAGCAGCUCCUCUUCAACAGACACAAGAGCAGUCACUGGGGACACACAGUGUGCAGAGACUCUGAGGAUUGUGCUGAUUGGAAAGACGGGCAGUGGAAAGAGCAGUUCUGGAAACACCAUCCUGGGACGAAAAGAGUUCAAAUUUGACAUCACCCAAACGUCUGUGACCAAACUGUGUAAGAAGGCACAGGGGGAGGUGGACGGUCGUCGUGUGGAGGUGGUGGACACUCCCGGUCUGUUCGACAGCACCAUGUCUAAUCAUGAGGUGAAUGAUGAAAUGCUCAAAUGCAUCAGUCUCCUGGCACCAGGACCACACAUCUUUCUGUUGGUGCUGCAAAUCGGAAGAUUCACACCUGAAGAGAAAGAAACUCUGAAUCUGAUCAAGAAAGGAUUUGGAAAAGAUGCUGAAAAAUUCACCUUAAUUCUGUUCACACGUGGUGAUGAUCUGAAAAGAAUGAAACUUUCAUUUGAAGAUUAUAUUGAAAAUAAAUGUGAAGAUUCUUGUAAGAAGCUGUUAUCUGACUGUGGGAACAGGUGCCAUGUAUUUAAUAAUUGGGAAGAAAAUGCAGAAAGACAAUCAGCCCAAGAGGACCUGAUAAAGAAGAUUGAUGAUGUGGUGAGAGUUAACGGUGGAGGCUGCUACACAAGUGAGAUGCUCCAGGAGGCUGAGGAGGCCAUUCAGAAAGAAACACAGAGGUUAUUACAGGAACAGGAACAAGAGCUCAGAAGAGAAAUGCAAGAAAUGGAGCAAAAACAUGAAAAGCAAAUGCAAGAGAUUAAACUAAGAAUGGAAGAACAAUCAAAAGAAAUUGAGAGAGAACGUCAAGAGAGAGACAAAGAACUCAAAGAAAUGGAGAGUAAUAUAAAAAGGGAGCGUACUCUGAGAACAGAAGAGCAGAACCAGAGAGAAGAAGAAGACCGUCAGAGGGAAGAGCAGGACAGAGUUAGGAGACAGGAGUAUGAACGGAAUCUUCAAGAGUUAGAGAGGAAAAUUAAAAUGGAAUCGAAAGAGAACUUUGACAAAAAACUGCAAGAGAGCAAAGAUAAAAUGGAACAAGAACGAGCGGCUUGGGAGGAAGAGAGGACACAAUGGUGGGAAACACGAUACAAGCAGGAUGAAAUAAGACGACAGGAGGAGCAAGCAAGACUGGAGAAACUAGAACAAGAAUACAAGGACAAACUGGAAAUGUACAGAAUUAAGAAAGAAGAAGAAGAUCAAAACAGACGUGAGCAAGAGGAGAAGCAGAGGAAGGAGCUACAGGAAAGACAUGAGAGACAAAGUGGAGGAGCUGAAGAAAACAUAUGAGGAAGAGGCUCGCAAGAAGGCCGAAGAGUUCAACGACUUUAAACGCAAGAAGGAGAUCGACUUUGCAGCUCUGAUUGACAAACACUUACAGGAAGUUACUGUUCUCAAGGAGCAGAUUCAACAAGAGAAAGAAGAAUAUAAAAGUUUAC